GAUGGCAGGUCGAUGCAAUUUACGUAUUGGGGAAAAUCAUGUAAAAUGUGAAUGUUUUUCACCCAACGGACGUUUAGUGAACAGUGGGCCAAUGACUUAUCAGUGCGCCUCUUUUGGAAAAGGCGUGUUCUUCCCCAGUUUUCGGGACCUGUGACAGGACCUCCCGCAGCGCAGGUUUAAUGGUUCUGCCAGGCACCGUGUUGUGAUGUUGAGUGAUAGUUUCUUUGAUCAGAUGCCCCAGGUACCUUGGAGAUCAUGAAUGGAUCGCGUUAAACAUACCCACUCGAGCUUUGCCAAAGCCCUGCGCGUCGCUGAGUUGAAAAGCCUCUGCUCGUCAGCCACUGAUUUUCCGCCCCUCGCCUCCCAAACCCCGUCGCUCUCCUUCCGUUCUGGUUGCUGUUCGCAUUCCCAUGGAAGCGCCGCCAAGGGUCAAGCUGAACAGGAGGCUAUCAAUGGCGUUUUGACAUCGGCUUGGCCUUCCCGCUAUCUGCGUCGCUCUGCUUUACCGGUUCUUCUUGCAAGGAUCUGGAACGUUGGAAACUGCAGGAAGUUUGGGAAUUGGCACAGGAGAGCUUGGUUGUAUGGUUGUAUAGCAGUUGGUUGGAUUGUGGAGGAGUAGGGCUUGGUUGUCAUGCAGGUGGUUGGAUUGUGGAAGAGUAGGGCUUGGUUAUAUUGCAGGUGGUUGGAUUGUGCAACAUUUGCCAAGGUGGAUUGCUCAGUGGAUUUUGUUUAAUUUUGUUCUGUUUAUGUUGUAACAAUUGUUUAUUUUAGUUUUAUUUUAGUGUGGUUUCGGUUGUCUCUUGGUCCCAAUUGGGUCUCAAUGAAGUUGCCAAUUUUUUAGAA